UGACGUGCUUUGACUGCGUCCGUUGUGAGUUUCCCGGCGACGCGCUGGGUAUGCCAUGGCGCCUUCGAGGCCGGCACCCGGGCGGCGGACGGGGGGUUUUGGGGCGCCUGGCGAAGGGUUUUCUCCGGUCGGAUUCAAGAAUAAGAAUGUGAAACAGAGGACGUGGCGACCUAACCACCUGCAGGCCUUCGUGGGGAGCGUUCGCGAGGGACAAGGCUUUGCAUUUCGAAGAAAAUUGAAGAUUCAGCAAAAUUACAAGAAACUGCUAUGGCGGAAAAACAAAGCUCAAACCUCACAGGAAUCCCAGUUCAGAGAUCGAUAUCCCGAUCAUCUGAAACAUCUUUACUUAGCUGAAGAGGAAAGACUCAGGAAGCAGACUAGAAAAGUUAAGAACAAGUCAGAAGAACAAGCUAAUGAGGCUUUGCCAACAGAACAAUGUAACACUGACCAGGCUUUGUCUGAAGAACAUUGUAGCAUUGACCAGCCUCAGCCAGAAGAAUCAUGUAAAGAAGAAACGGUAAAUUUCAUUACUAUUCCAAAGAAAAAGAAAAAGAAAACAUCAAAUCAAAAAGCACAAGAAGAAUAUGAACGGGUACAAGCUAAGCGUGCUGCUAAGAAACAAGAAUUUGAGAGGAGAAAGCAAGAGAGAGAAGAAGCUCAAAGACUCUACAAAAAGAAGAAAAUGGAAAUGUUUAAAAUAUUGAGCAAAAAGACUAAAAAGGGCCAACCAAACUUAAAUUUACAGAUGGAGUAUCUUCUAAAAAAAAUACAAGAAAACAAUUAAAUCAGACACUUUAUAUUAAAUCAAGGCUUAAAAUAUCUGCUGCCUCUUGCGUUCUUUUGUAUAUGUAAUGCACCUCCUAGCAAUUCACUACGUUUGUCAAUAUAAACUGGAUUGCUAAGCGAUAUAAAAUGUCCAAAAAUUUUUGUUCAUUUAUAUAAAGGAAAAUUUUCUACAUAUACUCUGCAUAAUAUCAUUUGCUUCCUAUUUAUUUGCCCCUGAAGAAAGGGUGGCUUGAAUGACUGAAAGAAUCUACUAUUUGGGUGACAGUACUUUUGUACCACAUAAUUCAGAUGAAAUAAAAAUGUUUUUAAAAUGGA